AUGUUGCUUCGAAAAUACAUUCUUGUAGCUUUCGCUUUGAUAUCCGCAGCGAUGGCUGCAACUAUUACUCAAAACACCAUUUCUCGUGGUACUAUUACCCUUGGAGUUGGUGAUACGACCAUUAAUAAUGGUGUUUAUUGGUCAAUCAUUGAUAAUGCAAUUUCUGCCUUUGCUGGUAAUGUCAAUGUAGGUACAGGCUCGGGAUUGUACAUAACGGGCACCAGUCCUCUAAUUUCCUUACAGGUUGGUGUUGCGCUGGGUACUUUUACUAAUAAUGGUAUUGUUUCCUUCAAUGCUGUUAAGUCUUUACUAGCACCAACGUACAAUAUUGCUGGCCUUUCGUUCACCAAUAAUGGUGAAAUGUACUUGGGUGCAGACGGUUCUGUUGGUGUGCCAUCGAUCCUGAUUAUCUCCCCAUCAUGGAACAAUAACGGCUUGUUGGUAUUUUACCAAAAUACCAGAACUACAGGUCCCGUCACAUUGGGAGCCCCUCUUGGGACUAUUAACAAUAAUGGUCAAAUUUGCUUUUACAAUGAAUUGUAUACGCAGACUACCAACAUUGCUGGUACUGGUUGUACAACUUUAGAUAACGACUCUAGUAUUUUCUUUUCUAAUACCGUUUUGAAUAUCGCUAACACCCAGGUAUUUAAUUUGGCAGACUCUGCGUCCUCAAUACGAGCUACUGCCAUCAGUGCACCCAAGACAUAUAACGUGGCUGGGUUCGGUAACGGCAACAAGAUUGGUUUAGAUAUUCCACUUGUAAACGCUCCUCCUUUGCUCACUGCUUACUCAUACGAUACCAAAACCGGUAUUUUGACUCUUAAUGGUGCUGGGUUGUUAUCUAUGAAGUUUAACAUUGGUUUAGGUUAUAAUCCAUCUCUUUUUUCCAUCGUAACAGAUGACAACGUUGGUUUAGCCUCAGUUCCUUUUGGAGCAGUUACCUACUCUGGUCCUCCACCCAACCCAGUGCCAUCGGUAUGUCAACCAUGCAAGUUACUUCCACCUGCACCAGGUACAAGUGCUACUGAGUCUACUACAACUGCAACUUCCACCAAUUCUGCUGGAUUUCCUUGUACGGAAGUUGAUGAUGUCAUCAUUUCCACAGACUCCAAUUACUCCUGGUUUACCAGUACUUCCACCAUUACUGCAGGCUGCGCUUCGAACCCUACUACUACAGUUACUUCUACUUGGACUGGUACGGAUACUACCUCUCUUACAGUUACUGAUACUGUAGGUGGUACCGACACUGUCAUUGUUGAAGUUCCAUCUAAUGCUCAAUCUACUAUCACGUCUACUUGGACUGGUACUGACACCACUACUGUGACCAUCUCUGAUACACAAGGUGGUACUGACACUGUCAUUGUUGAAGUUCCAUCUAAUGCUCAAUCUACUAUCACGUCUACUUGGACUGGUACUGACACCACUACCAUAACUGUAUCUGACACACAAGGUGGUACUGACACUGUCAUUGUUGAAGUUCCAUCGAACUCUCAAUCUACUAUCAC